UAACAGGAAGUUAGUCGAGGCCAUAGACUUCUCGGAGCAGUGCGAAUAAGCAGGAUCUAUAUCUGUUACGUUGAACCGUAUUGUAAAAGACAUGAAUGGGGAAAAACAAUGGGGCGGUCGGGAGUUCUGGGGAGUCGGGUUUGAGUUCGACCCGCAGUGGUUUCUGACCGAAGAAGAUAAAGCUCUUCAGAGACAGCUAAUGGAACUGUGUCGGACAAUUCUGAGACCCAAUGCAGUUAAAUCAGACGAAAACUAUGUGUACCCACGUGCAAACCUCAACGCAUUGUCGACCCAGGGGCUUCUGGGAUUGAUCGUACCCAAAUCCCUUGGGGGUAUGGGCGCAUCCCACCGGACGGCUGUGAUGGUGGUAGAGACGAUAGCACGGUACGGCUGCCCCAGCACAGCGCUCGUCUAUGUCAUGCAUUUGAACGCAUGCUCAGCUCUGCUCUACCGGCAUCACAACAACGAGACGGCCAAGGAUAUUCUGAGACGCCUGGACAAGGACCAACUAGUCGGCACUCAGGUGUCCAGUGAUCCUUCAACAGGAGGUCAUGUGUGGUAUCCGCUGUCGUCCAAAUGUUGGCAAAUGGAAGACGGUACAUUCAAACUGCUCAAGUUUGGUUCCUGGGCGACAAGUGCUGGUUAUGCUGACUGGUACGUUGUCCAGACAACCAGUCCCGGCUUUAACGGAGACUUCUCCAACCUUAGCAACUUCCUGUGUAUGAAGGAUGAAGUCAGAGCGAGCUGCGGGGAAUGGUCUUCACUGGGCAUGCGCGGUAAUCAAUCGGGGCCUGUGGUCGCAGAAGGGCUGCUGGAUGCGGAGCGUCUAUUAGGACCCCCAGGGGACGCUGUCCAGUCUACACGGGAGUGUUCGGGCGCCAUGUUCCUGCUGUUGUCCUCGUGCUGCUGGAAUGGUAUCGCCAUGGGCUGUGUGGACAUUGCUAAGAAACACGUGACCAAGAAAGGCCAUGCGGACGUUGGGCUUAGAGUAUGCGACUAUCCCACCAUUCAGGAUUAUUUUGGAGAAUCUAUUGUCUCGACCAACUCCUGCCGACUGGCUGCCUUUUCAUUGGCCCAUGCUUUGGACCAAGUCACCGAGAACAACGAUUGGUCCAUUUACAGAGAGUCGCAGAUAUUGCCAAGAUCCAAUUUCACACGAUGGUUACAGAUGCUGAAGUUUGACACGUCCAGAAAUGUGACCACAGUUAGUCAGCAUAUGCUGCACAGCUGUGGCGGGACCGGCUACAAAACUGACCUAGGUCUGGAGAGAUUACUCCGCGAUGGUUUUGCCGGCUGGGUGAUGGGGCCGUCUAAUGAAUACAUCCGCCAGACUAUCGGUAAAACGGCACUACUUGGGCCGGAAGCUGUCGACCCAUGGGCGGUCAGAGCUGAUGAGAGAAAGCUGGCCACGGAGGUGAAACGCUUGACCAAAACUCAAAAGGAGGACUUGGUUCAGAAACUCUUGUAUGAGCUACGCUUGGAAGAGGAAAACAGCCAGAAUGAUGCCCAGCCGAACGGCAUGGAUGACUUCGAAAACCCGUUCAACAUAAGCCCUCCGCGGAUCUUCGACGAUGGCGUAGACGGCGUGGUUUUGUCUCCCAUCAGGGCGACUCCGAUGAAGCUGAUCAGCGUUAAACAGCUCACGGAGGACGGCACCGUGGCUAAGAUGCUGUUCGAGUCGCUGGAGAAACGUAGUCACCUUGGGACGUAUCCGGGUCAGUACGUGAAGCUGUUGAUACCUGAUGAAGCCAAGCCUUCCACCCGGUACAUCUCGCCGACGUCCCCUCCAAACCUGUCCGGCAAGAUGGAGGUGGUGGUCCGAUAUGAAUCUCAGGGGGUCAUGGCAGAAUUUCUGCGCAAUUUGGAGAUAGGUUCGGAGGUGGAAUUCGAGGGACCGUGCGGUGGGUUUGAGUACGAACCAAACGGCGUUUCCCACCUGAUCUUGCUAUGUGGUGGCAUCGGCGUCACUCCUGCCAUCCAGAUUCUCCGGUCAGUCUCCAUGGACAGCUCCGACCUCACCAAAGUCACCUUGCUGUACCAGGCUCGGGAUUUGGACCAGUUAAUCUUCAAAGAGGAGCUGGACGAACUGUGUCAGGACAGUCGGAUUAACGUGGUCUACACCCUGCAGGAGCCGGAUGCGAGUUGGACGGGCGCAGAAGGAUCUAUUGGUAGAGAGCUCAUGUGCAGCAGCCUUCCAGAACCGAACGGUAUUACGCGCAAAGUGGUCGUGUGCGGUGGAACAGCAUUCUCCAUGUCCGUUCUGGAGGCGUUAAUGCAGCUCCGAUACCGCAGCCAGGACGUAUUUGUGUACGGUCCGUUUGGGGUACAACAAAUACAGGCCGUGUACGGGAGGAACGCGCGACUAUCUUCCCAGUUCGUGAAGUGAACGACAAUCCGGAUGACCAGGGAGCCUGAAGUCUCCAUCACCUAACAUGGGCUAAACGCAUACAGUGAUAAUAUAGUGAUAUAACCUGAUGGUCCACUCGAUAUGUCUUCUUGUUCUUCUAGAAUAUACAUUCAGUCUUCUCGAUUUAAGCUCCACCGCGUCCAGAAACUCUUCCAAACUUAAUGAAACCGAGCUGAAAGGGGGCGGAGAUCUUCUUGAAGACUAUCUUUUAUUCAAGAGGCUGCAAAUCGAGUUAGCCUCAAGUGUCCAUAGAGCCUCGAUCUGUUCCGCUCGCUUGUAAAUGAGGUAAAAGGGCAAUUUUUUCCAGAACUGAAUCUUCCCACUGCUUGAUACUUAAAAUCACUACUAACUUACACAAUGACCAAAAUAUGCACUCUGAUGCUUCCUCUCUAAACUUAACAAUCGGAGUGGUUUACGUAAGCCCUUGUGCCCAUACCCUUUUAUAAAUCAUACGUUUUUCUGGUGGGAUAUGUCGGACAAUGAACCCAGAUUUUAUAGGUGGUUAUGAAGCUAUGAACGAAAACAGCCCUUUUACAUCCUUUGCUAGAGAGCUGAAUCUUGCUUACCCCAUAGACACAAUGGCGCUCAAGUCGUAUGGUCUAAAUAUACAGCCACAAGCCUGGAAUGCUUAAUGUAAACAUACCCCUGGAUACAUAAAAAAACAUAUCUGAUCCUACAGCUUUCUGGUAACGGAAAAAUCUCACAGUAUGUAAAUAUGAUGAUGUCACCUGGUUAUGGGUUUUCGCUGCAUACAAGGGUGCAUAUGAUAUUUUUGUUAAAGUAACCUACCGCCUUUUCUUAUUGUGCACAUAAUGUUUGUCAUUAUGCAAAAUGUACACGUUUAAAAAUAUUUUUUCCAUAUAGAAAUUUGUACCUAAAGAAAAUGUUCUGCGAUUAUUGGUAGAUAAGGAAUAUAUGUUGCGUUUGUAUCAUGGUAAUUAUUCCAUUUAAUUACAGGUGUAAAACAUUUGUCAAUAUUUAACA